AUGGCCAAACAAGAGCAAAUUGAUAGUCUUAUUUACUAUACUAAUAAUAAUCAAUCAAAACGAAGUAUAACUCCAUCAACAUCGGCAGUUAGUAAUCCUGCUACACCAUUUAGCGUUACCGAUAUUCUUCACUCAUCAGAUCUUGAAGCAGCAACGUCUUACAAGCGUUCAAUCGAAAUGGCUCAAACUCUAGCUGCCGUAUCAUCUUCUGUAUCAACAUCCACCCCCUCCGUUCAUCCUCAUCAACGUUUAUCGAAUAAUCCAGCAUUUAAUUCAUCGGCCCUGCAUAGCAACUACUACGGUCCAACGUCCGCUACAACGUUUUCACCCAGUCAUCAGUAUUAUGAUUAUAACCCAUCGUCACUGCAGCAAAGUGCAGCGGUUGUCACUAGUCAAUAUCCGCCGAAUUGGUGCGGGUCAGCUGCGAUGUCGCGAUAUCUAGUUGGCUCAUCAGCAGCAAUAGACAGUGCCGCAUUUGCUGCGUCUGUUUAUGGACAUCCUCCAGAUCCGAUGUUGAAAUCUACCUACGGGCAUUUUUCAUUUGUGUCGCAAAAACGCAAACGAAGAAUUUUAUUCAACCAAGGGCAAAUCUAUGAAUUAGAGCGACGUUUUAAGCAACAAAAAUAUUUAAGUGCACCCGAACGUGAAAAUCUCGCCAAUGUUCUUCAAUUGACACCAACACAAGUUAAAAUAUGGUUUCAAAAUCAUCGAUACAAAACGAAAAAACAAGCGAAAGAACGUGAAAAGCUCGAUGCAAAACAAUUUCGUAAAAACCAUUACUCUCAACAACAGUUCACCUAG